AUGAGUGGCAUUUCUGCUGGAACGUUUUCAAAGUCUGAUGAUGAAUGGGAGGCGAAAUCCGCCACAGGCACUGCGCUAAAUGUGGGACCAUUAGAAUUUGUUCAGAAAAUUGCUUCUCAAUUUGAGGCAAAGUUCAGUUUCCAACAUUUUCUGUACGUUGUCGAAUGCGAUGUAAAUGCUGCAGUGAACAUCACAAUCGCUGGAAAGGACUACACCAUAACUUCCAAAAAUGCGAUUAUCCAUGUAGAUGAUAAAACGUGCAUUCUGGCCUUCAAGCCAUUCUUUGGUCGGUCAAAAGCGCCACAAUGGACCCUUGGUGGCCCAUUUCUCCGCGAGUUUUGUAAUAUUCAUGAUGUUGCCGGAAAGCAGAUCGGUUUUGCCAAAGCAAAAUCUGAUUGA